GUGCAUCUGUGGCAGCAUCAUGAGUCACUCUCCUCGCGCCAUCUCUCCGACUCCCUCUCCUCACUGCACCGCUACUUUGACUACAGCGCGGGCAUGGCAGCGGUGGGCGGCCGGGCGGCAUCGGACUGGUGGGCGGGGCGGUUCCAGGCAGGGCUGCUGGUGGAGGGGGGCAUGCAUGCCCGCUACGGGCAUGUGCAGCACGCCAUGGGGGCCCUGAUCGAGACAGUGCACAUGGCACAGCAGGAAAGUGAUGACGUGUGCUUGGUGCAUGCCCUCACAGCCAUCUGCCACCUCCUAUCACAGACUGCCACGUCAGACACACCCCGCCAGCUUUCAGUCCUAGGUGCCCCCAGCUUGCUGCAGCAGCCAACACUGCUGGAGGGGGGAGUGUGGCGCGGUGGGGGGGUUAGCGGAGGGAAGAAGGGGCGGGUGAGAGGCGAGGGGAUUGCGGGGGGAGGGGAGGGGGCGCAUGGGGGCGUGGAUGGGGAGGGGGGAGGUGGGGCGGCAGUGGCGGGCGGCGUGCAGCAGCAGGUGUGUGCGCUGCUGCAGCGCUGCCUGGUGCGUGCCGCCCAGCUGAGACUGCCGCGACUCGUCUUUGCCAUCCAGCUGCUGCUCACGCGCUACAGUGUCGAGCACGUAACGGACGGGAGAGCACUCCACGCCACCACCUCCCUCUCUCUUCCUCCCUCCGACUUCAACCCAUCCCCUCUCCUUGUUUGCCAA